ACGUCAUCGGCGCGCGCCGGAGAGCUGGGGCCGGAGGGCCGCGCGGACGGACCGGCCUCGGACUCCCGGCUGCGCCGCUUCCCGCCUCCGCGCCCCCGGGCGGCCUGGCGCCUCUUCGCGGCCGGAACUCUGAGAGUGGCUUGAAACCAAACCAGCUCGAGUCCGCAUCUGUCUGUCUGCCGAGAGCCAUUGCGAGCGGCCAGUCCGCAGACACCCGCGCCGCUGGCGCUCAUGGAACCAGAGCAGAUGACACUGGCGUCUGAGGGCACCGCCACCCGCCGCCACCCGCCACGGCCGCUUCCCUGGAUCGGUGCCGACAGCAGUCGCGCCCGGAGAGCCGGGGACACAGCGGGGACAGAGAGGCAGGCUGCGAAGGGCACCGGGGGCCCGGGAGACCCAGGCCAUGGCUGCCCCCCCUUCCGCAGAGCGGAAGCCGGCGUCCUGGACAGGGGCCCGCAGACAGCACCGCCCUGUGUCUCCAGGUGGAACUACUUCUUUCUCUACGAUGGCUCCAAGGUGACGGGAGAAGGGGACCCGACCCGAGCGGGCAUCUGCUACUUUUACCCGCCCCAGACCCCACUUGACCACCAGGAGCUGCUCUGCGGGCAGAUCGCGGGGGUCGUCCACUGCGUCUCCGAAGUCUCCAGCUCCGCCCCCGCUCUCGUCCGCCUGCGGAAGCUGAAAUUCGCCGUGAGGGUGGAUGGAGAUUACCUCUGGGCGCUGGGCUGCAUCGUGGAGCUCCCCGACGUCAGCUGCAGGCAGCUCCUGGAUCAGCUCAUCGGCUUCUUCCGCUUCCACCACGGGCCCGUGGCUCUUGCCUACAGGCAUCACUCGCGGGAGGCCCUGAGCGCCGAGUGGGACGCCUCCAUCCGGCGGAUUCUGAGGAGCUCCGGCGACCUGCACAGGGUCUUCAACUCCCUCUGGAACCUGGACCGCACACAGGUGGAGCCGCUGCUGCUGCUGAAAGCGGCCCUCAUCCUGCAGGCCUGCCAGCGUGCCCCUCACAUCCUCGCCGGCUGCAUCCUCCACCGGGACCUGAUCGUCAGCACCCAGCUCCCGCCCUCCCUCACUGCCAAGGUCCUGCUCUGCCGAGCUGCUGCCCGGGACCAGAGCGUGCCCACAGGAGGGCAGGUCCUGCCGAAGCCUGCCCCGGGAGUGGUGCUGCCCCCGGAUGUCCAGAUCGAGUCCGUGUUCCUGACCCUGGAGGAGGCGGCCGUCCUCCGGGAGUUCCCGGCAGAGGGGCUGACUGGCCGUCCAGAGCCUGCAGCCCAGCAGCCCCCAGAGGGCCAGAGCACACCUCUCGUGACAGAGACCCCCCCCGGGCCCGGGCCCAGAGGCACGGCGGGGUCCUCCGGCCAGGAGGGGCAAGGAUGCACCUCCACCAGUGACCAGGAGCAGUGGGGACCCUUGCCUGCGGAUGCCCGUGCGCCCCCCAGUGGCCAGGAGGGUCAGGACCACGCAGCCAGCCAGAGUCAGGAGAGCGACGUGUCCCUGAGACUGGACAGUCCUGCCUGGGCCCCCGGCCCUGGGCUCCACGGCCCCCCGGGGAAGGGUCCUGCCUCCCUGGGUGAGGAGGAGCUGGACUGGCCUGAGCCCCGUGUCCCAGGAGCCGCUGCCUCCCCGUGCAGGGGCACCCCGGCCGAGCCUCCUGAGCCAGGGGACACGGCCCCGAGCAGCUGCUACACCCCCUCUCCUGAGACGCCCUCCCAGAAUGGAGCUGCAGAACAGCUCGGAGGCCUUCCUGGAUGUGGCAGCCAAGCACCUGCCUGCCGAGAAGAGCCCCUGCCCGGAGAGACAGGCAGGCCCUGGGCGUCUUCCUCAGCUCCCAGACAGAGAGGGCCUGAACCUCCCGAAGGGGGCCCCGGGGGUCCAGCGGCAGACUGUGCGGGCGCAGACGACGGGGCCGGCCGGGUGCCCCUCGAGGGCCUGGUGCCCAUGAACCUCUACACUCACAGAGUCAAGGGGCUGGUGCUGGCCCUGCUGGCCGAGAGCCCACUGCUGGGGGAUCCCGAGGCCAUUCAGGAGGUGCACCACAGCAGCCUGGCCUCCCUCAACGGGCUGGAGGUGCACCUGCAGGAGACGCUGCCCCCCGCCGCUGCGCCCGCCGGCUCCCGCAGGGCCUACAACUUCACGCACUUCGACCGUGUGCAGAACGUGCUGGCUGCGAACCAGCCCCAGGCAGCCACAGCCCAGGACCGCCGCUUCCUCCAGGCCAUCACCCUGAUGCACACGGACUUUGCCCAGAUGCCCACGCUCUACGAGAUGACCGUCGGGAACGCGGCCACGGCUGUGUUUGCUUGCUGCAGCCCCGUCCAGGAGACCUACUUCCAGCAGCUGGGCCCCACGGCACGCAGCUCCGGCUUCCCCAGCGCCCAGGACGCCGCCUUCAGCCUCCCCAGCAGAGCCAGGCAGAAGCUGCUGAAACACGGGGUGAACCUGCUCUGAGCGGGCGCCCUAGUCUGGCCGCCAGGGGGCGCCCUCCCCCACGGGAAGGUCCCCCAUCCUUUCCCGAGGAGUCCCAGCCCUCACUCCCUGCAGACAGAUGGGCUGCGAGGGUGGUUCCUCAGGCAGCAGAACUGGAGUACUCAGCACAGCACCCCACGCAUGGGCACCCUGGGGUAUCUGGCCCAUCCAGCCUGCCGGCUCCUCUAGGCCCAGCUGCCCUAGUCUGUCCCGUGUGAAGAGCGCGGGAGUCUCCCCGGCCCAUCCCGGGCUCAGCUCCGGAUGCAGGUACCGGCCCCGGGACAGGAGCAGGCAUGCCAGGGGCACGGGGUUGGGGCCCAGGGUGCUGCGGUGGAGCUUUGCAGGGGCAGCCAGCUCUGCAUGGCGGCUUCUGGAUGUGUCGCGGGCACGGGUCCCGGAGUUGUGCCGCACCAAGACCGCACGCGCUGGCCCCGGGUGCAGGAAGUUCCGGGCCCCCUUCCACCAGCAGGGCUCAGCCUCCCGUCCUGCGGGAACACGCCGAGAGCUUG